AUGAUGAAAUACCGCAAAGAAAAUAACCACGUCCAGCAGAAGAGAAACACCCACCUCUUUAUUCCUUACAGAAACAUCAGCAGCCAUGCGUACCUCAUUAUCUCUAAAGUGCUGCCCAGCAGCCAUGGGUCCCUCAUCCUCUGUUUAUGCAGAGAAUAUGCUAGACACAUUCCACAGGCUACAAGCAAAAAUCUUAAAGAAGGAACUGGCACAUGCACGAUUCCAGAUGGUGGCAGACAUAACCAUCCUGUUUCUCAAGAGAAUGACAUAGACAGCUACCGGGAUGCCACGUGGGCCCGUAUCCUGAGCCUGCUGAGGAAUAAGCGCAGGGAGGAGGACAUGUUGUUGCUGUGUCAGGUGCUCCAUGAACUGGCCGCCAGCGCCCAGGAUCUCCUGGACGAUGCCUCUCUGCAGAAGGGAGUAAUGAACAGAAUGUUCAUCAAAGUGGCCACCAGGGCUGAUGAAACGCUCCAGGUUUUCUUCAAGAAUUGGCUCCUGGCCAGCAAAAGCAAGGUGGCAGAGAAAGCUCUGGAGACCAUUGGCCACCUCUUCUGUCUCCUGCAAGUUUCAAAUCUUGAGAGUCGUCUGUACUGGUUAACUGGAUGGUUCACGACUCUGACAUCCACAGCAGUGAGGCCACUCUACAUGUGCAAGGUGACUGGGGGGGCACUCCUUUAUUCUCGACAACACCACAAGGAUACAGCUGUGUACUGA